AUGAAGCUGCCGGCUUGGCUGCAGUGGUUCCUCCUGUUCCUUGUGUCCCUCCUGGCACACAUCCGCUGUGAGGACUUGUUUGGCAUCUUGGGAGAAAAUUUUACUUUUCCAGUAAAAACAGACCAAAAAAUAGUGGAAAUUAUUUGGACGAAAAACAAGGAUAAAGUGGCUGAAUGGGAAGGGCAAACCAAACCGACAUAUUUUACUUCUCUCCAGAACAGAAGCUUGCUUAACGAGGAGGAUGGGUCCUUGACUAUAUUUAACUUGGAAAACAAUGAUGCUGGCACAUAUGUGUUAGACUACUUGGAUUCUGUGGAAAAAAGUUAUAUCUUAACCUUCGUACUUGCUGUGUUAGCUCCCCCUUCAGAACCUGAAAUAAGUUGCAACGUCAGUGGUGAUAAACUUGUGUUAAAAUGUACAGCAGAUUUCCAGAAGCCUCUGACUUACACUUGGAAGUUCAGUAGCAUACCAAACACUCGUCAGACCCAGGAAGUUUUCAUCCCUAAGAGUGUUGAUGCUUCUGAGAAAGCUACAUGUUUCAUUAAAUUCUCUCAAACGGAAAAGAGCUCUGAAAUCUCUGUGACUCAAUGCUUUCCAGAUGAAAAAGGAGACAGCUAUCACAAAAGAAACAGAGGUGGUCUUAUUGCGGCUUUUGUUCUCUUAAUUCUAGUUGUAGGAAUACUAGCAUUCCUACGCAGAAGAGGAGAACAUCAGCUACUUUGCCCUGUGGACAGCCAAGAACAGCCUAACUCAGACAAAGAAUUGAACAAGGAGGACAGUGCCCUGAAAGACGAGCAGACAGUUAACAAUGACGUAAAUCAGGAAGAACACUCUGCCAUGCAGCACAGCAGCCUGACAUCAAAGUGUGCAGUUGACCAUGGUGUAACCGAGGGAGACACCUUUAAGGAGAACAGCAGCUUGCUGGCCAAGCAUGCAGAUGACCAUGGCAUAAAUGAAAGAGAAGUGACCCAGGAUGCAGAAGGUGGAAAUGGGGAGCACCUGAGCAACUCUCUGAGCUGCAGUAAAGAAGAUCUUAAAUCAUAAGCAAAUAAUUGCUUUGUGGACCAAACAACAAUGGAAAAGAAGUGGUAGAAUUCAACAGUGAAGGAGCUGCUAUCUUUUCUCUUGGAGGUUUUCCAUGAGCACUGAAGUCAUCCAUAAAGAACUGCUUUGAAGACUAGCUGAGCUGUUUCCAGUGCCUGUUUUUCUUUUCUCAGAAGGGACAGCCUUCUUUUCUAGUGUCACUGCAUGAAGAUAAAUAGGCUGAAUCAUGGACAAAAUCUUUGGUAUUGUUCUGUAUUUGGUUUUAACAAACAGUGCUCUACUAACACAAAAUGUAAGAGCUAAGGCCUUUUUUUAUAAUUGAUAUUUAGAGAUUAACAAAGUCAUAUCCAUUUGCAUGAAUGUGGAUAAAUUGAAAACUAAUAAGCUUUCUAUGCAACUUUGGAUCCAUACGUUUUUACAGUCAGAAGGAAGACUGCUCAUCCUUCAGCAGUUUCAGAUGGAUGGAAGUUUGCAUUUGCUAGUCUCAGUUCUCCAGCAGAAAGUCAGUGCUACAGACAAAUAUUCUCCAAGAUAGCUGUCUCCUGGAGUUGGCAGAAGACUGGCAAACUGAUCAUCUCCUGAUGGUGGCUGACUUUGUGAUAAAGCUACAAUUCAGUUUUUUGUUGCAUUGGAACAAAGCCGCUGCUAUUAGCAGUGGUUUGGUUUUUUGUUAGAACUUUUGAUAUUUUUUUGCACUUCUGGUGUUCUUUUUUUAUGUCUUAGCUUCUGCUUCACAUUAUUCUAAGAGAAUGUCAACCUACCCAUUUCUAAAGAAUAAUAUGUUUUUAGGUUGCUUGUGACUGAAGAGAAAACUUGAAAACUGAGGUCAUUUAUACACUGAGUCUCGAAAAGAAUACCAUAUAUUAAUGUUUUCAGAACGUCAAGCUAUGGAGCUUGUAUGUUUUGUGACUUCUGCAUGCUGGUUGUUUAUGAAAGCUGAAAGCCAUUUCAGUUGAUUUGGAAGUUGGUACAUGUAAAGAAUCAUGAAGGUUUGACGAUAACCAGAGAUCAGAAACUCCCACUUCAUCUUCCUUCUUGUUUCACCUUAUGCCCCUUGUUCCCCCACCAGGCACUACUAUGAAGAACAUGUCUCCAUCUUCUUGAUGAUCAGCUUGUAGGUACGGGAAGGCUGCUGUUAGGUACCCUCCCAAAGCCUAUGCUUCUCAAGGCUUGAACAAGUACAGUGCCUUCAGCUUCUCCUCAGAGUACAAGUGCACUGACCAUCUUGGUAGCUCUCCACUGAACUCGCUCCAAUUUUAUUGAUGUCUGUCUUCUUGAAGGGGUCCAACACUGGAUGAAGUAUUCUAAAUGCAGUCUAAUGUGUGCUGAGUAGAGGGGGAUAAUCACUACCCUCAAUCUACUGGCUAAGCUCCUGUUAAUACAGUCCAGGAUGCUGUUGGCCGCCUUUGCUGCCAGGGGACACUGUUGGCUCAUGUUCAGCUUGCUGCUUACUGAGAUCCCCCUGCUUCUUUAAUUUCAACCUGUCUAGGUCUCUCUGACCGCCCAGCCAUUUAGCAUGUUGACUGAUUCUCCCUAAUUUGGUGUCAUCUGCAAACUUGACAAGACUGCACUUUAUCUCCCUGAUGGAGAUGUGAAAUGGGACCAGUUCCUGCAUAGACCUCUGUAGUACUCCACUUGUCUCAGCCAUCCAGGUAGAGUACGACCUGUUAGCCACUACCAUCUAAGCCCAGUCAUCCAACCAGUUCUUUACCUGUCUAUAGAAUCACAGAAUGGUUUGGAUUGGAAGGGCCCUUUAAAGAUUAUCUAGUGCAACCCCCCUGCAGUGGGCAAGGACAUCUUUCACUAGAUCAGGUUGCUCAAAGCCCUGUCCAACCUGACCUUGAACACUCCCAAUGAGGGGGCGUCCACAACUUCUGUGGGCAACCUGUUCCAGUGUCUCACCACCCUCAUUGUAGAAAAUGUCAUCCUUAUGUCCAACCUAAAUCUACCCUCUUUCAGUUUAAAACUGUUGCCCCUUGGUUGCCCCCUGUCCUGUCACUACAGGGCUUGGUAAAAAGUCUUUCCCUGUCUUUCUUAUAAGAGUCCCCUUUAAGUAUUGAAAGGCUGCAGUAAGGUGUCCCUAGAGCCUUCUCUUCUCCAGGCUGAACAACCCCAACUCUCUCAGCCUUUCUUCAUAGGAGAGCUGUUCCAUCCCUCUGAUCAUCUUCAUGGCUCUCCUCUGGACCCACUCUAACAGGUCCACGUCUUUCUUGUGGUGGGGACAAGACUCCAGGUGGAGUCUCACGAGCAGAGUCAAGGGAGAUAAUCGCGUCCCUUGACCUGCUGGCCACACUUCUUUUGAUGCAGCCCAGGAUACAAUUGGGUUUCUGGGCUACAAAUGCACAUUGCCAGCUCAUAUCUAAUUUUUUGUCCACCAGUAUAUCCAAGUCCUUUUCCACAGGGCUGCUCUCAAUCCAUUCAUCCCCCACCCUGUAUUGAUAUUAGGGAUUGCCCUGACCCAUAUGCAAGACCUUGCGCUUGGCCUUGUUCAACUUUGUAAGGUGCGUGUGGGCUCACUUUUCAAGCCUGUCAAGGUCCUUCUGGGUGGUAUCCCUUUCCUCAAGUGUACCAACAGCACAACUCAGCUUGGUGUCAUCUGCAGCUUGGUGAGGGUGCACUCAAUCCCACUAUGUCAUUGAUGAAGAUAUUAAAUAGUAUUGGUCCCCGUGUGGACCCUUGAGAGACACCACUCAUUGCUGGCUUCCACUUGGACAUUGAGCCAUUGACUGUAAUUAUUUGGAUGUGGCCAUCCAGCCAAUUCCUCAUCCACCUAGUUCACCCAUUCAAGCCACAAUGUUCUAACUUGGAUACAGAAAUAUUGUGGGACAUGGUGUCAAAAACCUUGCUAAAGACAAGGUAUAAAAACUGCUUUCCUCUCAUCUAUAAAUCUAGUUAUUUCAUCAUUAUAGAAGGCAGUUGGGUUGGUUAGGCAUGAUUUACCCUUAGUUAAAUGUAUGCUGACUGUUCCUAACCACUUUCUCCUUCAAGAGCACAGAAAUGUGUCCCAAGAGGACCAGCUCCAUGAUUCUCCCAGGGACAAAAGUGAGACUGACCACCCUGUAGAUCCCCAGGUUGACCUUUUAGUGCUUUUUAAAUAUGGAUGCACCUUUUCUAGUUUUUCUAGUCUAGUCAGGGACUUCCUCAAUCUCCAUGACCUUUUAAAGGUGAUAGCACUCAGUGACAUCAGCCAGCUCUCCUAGCACCUCUGAAUACAUCUAAUCGACUCCCAUGGACUGAUGUGGAUCAAGUUUUCUCAAGUAAUCCCUGACUUCUUGUAGUUUUUCUUGAGCCCUUUGACUAAGCACAGAGCCCAUGAGACCUUGUUAAUGAAGACUGUGGCAAGGACAUCAAGUAAGCCUUCUCUGUCUGAUAUCCUUAAAUCACCCACCCCAAUUCAGGAACAGGCCUGUAUUUUUCCUCCUUUAUUCCUUUACAGUUAAUGUAGCAGCAGAUGCAGCUCUUGUUGCCCUUGAUGUCCUUUGCAAGUCUAAAUAUAGCUGAGCCUUGGCUUUCCUGACACCAUGCUUACCUGUCCAGGCAGUGUUCCUAAAUUCCUCUAUUGUAGCCUGCCCCUGCCUCCACAUCUAGUAUAAGCAAUUUUUGCACUGGAGCCCUGUCAGGAGCUCCCUGACAACCUCCAAGCUGAUCUUCUGAUUUGCCUGCCUGUUUUCCUGACCAUCAGGAUGGCCUGUGCUCAUGCUUGGAGAAAGUCCUCCUUAAAGGCCUGAUGGCUCCCUUGAGCUCCUUUACUCUUCGGAACUGUCUCCCGUGUUAUCCUGCCUACCAUCUUCCUGAAUAAGCGGAAAUUUGCUCUCCAAAAGCGCAGGGCCUGUACUCUGGUGCUUACCUCCCUCACUCCUCUCAGGAUCUGGAGCUGUUUCUUGGUCACUACAGCCAAGGCAGCCAUUCGUGCCCACAUCCGCAUCCAGUCCUCCUCUGUUAGCGAGCAGCAGAUAGAGCCGCACGUAAGCCCUUGCUGGCACAUCCGGUAGCCUGUGUGAAGAAGUUGUCCCUGACGCUGCCCAGAAAUCUUCCUGACUGCUUGAAUUGCUGCGUUGCCUUUCCAGCAGAUGUCAGAAGUUCCCUCAUAUGUGCCAGACUCUGUGAGUCAGAGACUUCCUUGAGCUGUUUAGAGAAGGCUUUACCUCCUUCCUUACUCUGAUCUGGUGGCUUGUAGCGUGCUCCAACCAUGUCAUCAUCCCUACUGGCCUCUUCUGGGAUCACAGCCCACAAGCUCUCAGCCAGCCUGUCACCUGCUCUGUAUCAGAGCUGCGUACAUUCAAGCCAUUCUUUCACAGAGAGGGCAGCCUUUCUUCUCCUCCUCCCUCCAUGACUUUCCUGUAGAGCUUCUACACAUCCACCGCAGUGCUCCAGUCAUGCAAGCUGGGUCACCAUGUCUCAGUUAUUCCAACAAUGUUGUAGUUCUGUGAGCUUGUGGAGAACUGUAAUUCUUCCUGCUUGCUUUCCAUGCUGUGUGCAUUUGUGCAUGUACCUUCGUGCCUCCUUCUGCCAAUUUUUUUUUUGCUUCUAAAGUCUAUUUUGUUCCUGUCACCCUGUACCCUUUACUUUCAACCCCUAUCCACUACUACUUAACUGUGGGUUGUGAUCUCCCUUCCCAUCAUUCCUACUUCAGAGCUUUCCUCAUGAGGUUGGCCAGCCUGUUGACAAAGAUUUUUACAUUAGACAGCUCCAUAGGGCAUUUAAGCUACUCCUGUGUGCUUUUUCUGGUAGUGAAACCUAACUAACGGUUACUAACAGUAUGAAAAGGAUCACAGGUAACUUAUGGCCAUACCCUGUUCUGUUGUAGAAAGUGGAGACCGUACAGAAAACUUGAGAUCUUUCCUUAUUGCUACACAUACCAUUUAGAUGUUUACUUCCACUCACACAAUUUCUUCUGCUGUUUGCAGCUGCACUGCAGGAGUAUUCAACAGGAUCUUUUGUUAGAGGUAGACUACCUUACCUCUACUGCUGUCUGUAAAUUUUUGCUCAUAACUUAUUAAAAAAAAACUUGUUAAGAUGUAAAAAACUUUGCCAUAUCUUUUUGUAAUGUAUACCUACACUUCUUAUUUAACUGUGAAAGUAAUCUUUAACCUGAAGUGAUUUAUUUUAUGUAUGUAUUUUUAAGUCACAGCUCCUGAGCCAAAUGUCCUUCUCCAUUGCACCUUCAAUGGGUUUAUCAGGAUGAUGCUGUCUACUUCUUAGUAACUUUUUAACAAGUUUCUACUCAAAGAUGUCCUUUGUCAUGUGUAUUGUGGUAAGGGUAAAACUGUAGCUUGUUUUCCUGCUUGGACAAAGUCUUGCUUUCUGCUAUUAAUAUGAGAAAUAAUGGUCAAAAAAAAAUGAUUGUUUGGAGGAACUGGCUGAAAUUGUUCCCAGAAACUAUACCAGUUAAUCUAAUACACUGCAUUCAUCCUGUGCAAUUUAAUACUAAACAGCAUGUAAAAGUUUCACAUAGGGUGUGGUUUUGAAGAUUCCUUGACACCUGAUAUCACUGACUUUGUUUCCAAAGCAAGAAGCAACAGCCUUCAAAAAUAGUAAGCAGUUGUGGUUCAUUAACCACAGUUGCCGGAAGUCUUCAGCAUAAUUCAUGGCAUUUCGGAGCUUUGUCAGAAGUCAAAAACCCCACUUACAUGGCAGGCUGAUGUAAGACCAAGAACUACAAGCUCUAUAGUGUCUCUCUGCCUGCUUUAACCCACUCACUUUGCACAGUGUCUGCUGUGCAUGAGAAACUUCUACCCACUAGUAGAAGUAUAGACUUUGCAGUUUUCAAAGCAAGAAUAAAGCUCAGGGCUUUUUUAA